UGGCGCUCCUCUUUCCUGUUUUAUGACGUGAAUAAACACCAGCGUUAAGGAGGUGCAGCUCCCCAGCUCCGAUGGCUGACCGCGGCUGCAGGAGGAGGAGAUCCGACUUUGGACCCACAAAGUUGGUCUGAAACUUUCCCCGUCAAGAUGCUUCGUUCGAGACGUUUUUGAGCGAUGGCGGGAAUCCUAACCAGCGCGUGCGUCCGGGCUGCACGAGCCAGACUGAAGGUUACCGCGGUCCGGCAGAUUCACAGCUCACACGACGUGGUCGUGGUCGGCGGCGGCAUCGUGGGAUUGGCUACAGCCAGGGAGCUGAUCCUGAGGCAUCCGGCUCUGAGCUUCGUCCUGCUGGAGAAGGAAAAGGAGCUCGCUCUCCAUCAGACCGGCCACAACAGCGGCGUCAUCCACAGCGGGAUCUACUACACGCCGGGCUCGCUGAAGGCGCGUCUGUGCGUGCGCGGCGCCGCCUUGGCCUACGACUUCUGCGACCGGAAGGGAAUCCCGUACAAGAAAUGUGGAAAGCUCAUCGUGGCCGUGGAGCAGGAGGAGCUUCCCAGGAUGCGGGCGCUGUACGAGCGCGGCGUGAAGAACGGCGUGCGCGACCUCUCUAUCGUUGACGCCAAAGGGAUCCGGGAGCGGGAGCCGUUCUGCCGGGGGAUCGCCGCCUUGGAUUCGCCGCACACCGGAAUCGUGGACUGGAGGAAGGUGGCGCUCAGGUACGGGGAGGACUUCGAGGAGGCAGGCGGCGCCGUGCUGACGGACUAUGAAGUCAGCAACAUUUCCGUGGCGAGCGAGAGUCCUGCCGGGAGCUCUGAAGGAAUGAGGUAUCCCAUCGCGGUCAGAGAUGCGAAGGGAAGCGAGCUGCGCUGCCGUUACGUCCUGACCUGCGGCGGCCUGUACUCCGACCGGCUGUCGCAGAUUUCCGGAUGCAGCCGGGAGCCGAGGAUCGUCCCGUUCAGGGGAGACUACCUGGUGCUGAAGCCGGAGAAACGCUACCUGGUGAAAGGAAACAUCUACCCGAUUCCGGACCCGCGCUUCCCGUUCCUCGGCGUGCACUUCACCCCCAGGAUGGACGGCGGCGUUUGGCUCGGCCCCAACGCCGUCCUGGCGUUCAAGCGGGAGGGUUAUAACGUCUACGACUUCAGCGCUCAGGACUUUGCAGACGCUCUGUCCUUCAGAGGCCUGCAGAAGCUGGUGCUGAAGAACGUGGCCUACGGCGUGGGAGAAAUGUACCGCGGCGUGUUCGUUGGUGCGCAGGUGAAGAUCCUGCAGAAGUUCAUCCCUGAACUGCAGCAGAGCGACGUCCUCAGGGGGCCGGCGGGGGUCCGCGCUCAGGCCCUGGACCGCGACGGGAACCUGGUGGACGACUUCGUGUUCGACGGCGGCGUCGGAGAAGUGGGCAGCCGGGUGCUGCAUGUCCGGAACGCUCCCUCGCCGGCGGCCACCUCGUCCCUCGCCAUCGCAGAGAUGAUCGCGGACGAAGUGGAGAGUCGGUUCUCGCUGUAGAGAAAUUCAGAUGUUCUGGAUCUCCUCUGGAGUCAGAACAAAAACCAGAGCUGAGAGGAACGGCUACACUACCGCUGAAUGUUAGUUUGAUUUGUUUGUUUGUUUUAGAAGCUUUAUGAACAACUUUACCUGCUUGGAAUGUCAUUUUCUUUGAAUAACUAUUUUUAAAAAUGAAAUUUUGGAGAUCUCAGGUUUUAGGACUUAAUUUAGGUGAUAUUUUUCAAAUAAAAUAAUUCUUGUGCCUGA